GGAAAUAGCCAAAAUUUACAUGUUAUGGAGAGAGACUAGUCCAGGAAGAAGGUUUUAUGGUUGCCCUAAUUACCAUGCUGGUCGAGGCUGUGGUUUCUUUAGAUGGAUUGAUCAAGAGACAGAGGAAAGAGUUAAGCUCUUAUUGAAUGAAUUGCACAAUGAGAUAAUGAGGCUAAAAAGGGAUAAUAGAAAGCUUAUGGAAAUGGAAUUUGGAUCAAGUGUGAAAUGCACUAUUGAUGACUUAAGGGGAAUAAUGAAGGAGAAAAAGAUGGUAGAAGAAGAACUUGAAAUUUGUAAUAGAAAGAAACAAAUGUACAAGCUUGGUUUUGUGCUAUCAUGGAUUGUAAUUUCAUUUCUGAUUGUAAUUGCCUUGGUUUGAUGAAAUAUACCAUUUGAUAUUCCAAAUGUUAUUGUAA